AAACACAAACAAAAAUCUACUUUCUUCUCCAUAGGGUAUGGCGGAAAAAGAAUCAAGUGAACUCGGGAUUACAAAAGCAUCUUCAGUGCAAGAGAGAAUCAAAAAUAAUCGAAAGCGAAAGCUUGAAACUUCCGAAAACCAGCAACGAAGCUGGGGCUCCUUGAGAAGUUGCGGAUUGGCCCUAGGGUUUGAUAAGGAUUGGUGUUCUUAUGAAGAAAUUCAGUCUACUUGGGAAUAUAAUUAUGAAAUCGCCCUUUUUGCUAGGAUUGGACUCCACUGUCACAAUUUGCAGAAGGGAACAAACUAUAAGUUUAAACGCUUGGAAAAGUGUGGUACUCACUCGACUAGAUACGAGGACUACUACAUAACUUUCGAGGCAACGGAUCCGACCAGCAGCUCGGUCUUCUCUUUUCAGACCAUGUUAGGCAAUGAUUAUAAGAAUCUUACUUGGGGUAUCGGUCUUACGUUGGCGAGCUUAGCCGCCAGAAUCAAAGCAACACAUGGUACCGAGAGUGUGGAUGAAGUUUGGGACAUGGCUGCAAUAGAUGAUUCCUACAAAGGUCCGAUGCCCAAAUGGUUUUCUGAUGAGGCCUUGGUCCGUGACGAUAAAAAGUUUUACGUGGUGCAAGAAUCAGAGCUGCAUGAGAAUGACUGGCUGCAACUGCUCAUGGAAGUCGCCUUCUACUCCAAAACAGAGAGUGGUGUAAGCGCUUGCAAACCCUUGGAGAUCAAGAAGGUUGUUGUAGAAACUUUAGAAGAAUACACAACAGAGGCUCGUGAGAAGCUCAAGGCAGAUAAUGCAAUCUUCUACAUAAGUUACAAGUGUAUUGCUGAUCCUUCAACACCCUGGGCUGGUGAGCACGACGCUAUAAUAAGGAAAACCAUGGAUGGGAAACCAGGGCACAUGAGCCUUGAAGUUGCUGUCACUAAGGAACAAAUAGAAGACAGAGAGACAUGAGGAUCUUGUCUGCUAUAUAAUCUAUCAGCUGCUAUCUAUUGGAAACUUUUUAUCAUGUUAGUGUUUAUUAUCUAUGCACGGAUGUUGUGUGUCUUUGCUUGUGUUUAUGUCUUCGACUCUUUGGACUAGAACGGAGUGGGGUCUAUGUUUAAAAUCUCUACUGAAGGAUUUCUAUUUGCAAUGCAUAAUUAUUAUGAGUAACACCCACAAGUGCAUCUUCUCCUUACAGUUGAAUGGUUGAUUGAGAUUAUACAUCACAGUUUUGUCUGAGACGGAGACAUUUGCAUAUCAGUGGUCACUGUGUCCAAUGUUGGCUUGGACGACUCGUGUCGUAUGCCACCACGGGUAUACGGCGUGGGGAUGGGGCCUAUAAUCGCGAUGCUACAAUGGCUCUAAUGGCCUUGCGACUUAGCUAUCGUCUUUAAAUGCUUUGGUCUCAUUCACAGUAAAUCUACUUUGGUUCU